AUGCACCUCCGUGACCUCAUUUUCUGUCUUGCCUUCAUUAGCACAAGCCUCUCCUUUAAAGUUCUCGUAUUCAAUCCAGCCUAUGGAGCGAGUCACGCCAAUUUUCUCGGGAAAAUUUCCGACAUUCUCAUUGAUGAGGGACAUGAAGUGGUAAGAUGGAAAUGAAUGAAAAGAUCUACAGAUGAACAGAUUAUUUAGACAAUGUUGAUACCGGUAUACUUGGAAAGUAAAAAGGAUAUUGUUGGAUCGAAAAAAGUUCAAAAAAUUGUCAGAAUUGGACAAGAUGCAAGAGCGGGCGACAUGUUCAGAGAAGGAGGCGUUGAGAGCAUUGUGAGGAAGAAGGUGUGGACAAUGGAUCCUGAGAUGAUGUCGUUAGUGAGGGUACUGUGUAGAUUUGCGCUGUUCAUCUGGGUCAACUCUCGUUUUCAGAUGAUUGACAAAAUGAACACAGCUAUUGGACAUCAAUGCGAAUGUACGGAGUUGAGAAUAAUCCACGUUGCCUCUAAGUUUGCUUUCAGAUAUCUUCCAACAAACUGACGUGCUAGACCUCUUGAGAAGUGAACAAUUUGACCUCGGAAUCACUGAAUCCCUCUUUUCGUGUGGCUUCGGUAAGCCGGUAAACUGAAACCCACUCCGUUCUGACCUGAUUUGUUACAGCUGUCUUUGACCACGUGCGCGUGAAAACCGUCAUAAACGCCGAGUCGAAUCUUUUCAAAGACGCAGUGAAGUAUGCUCACGGAGAGCCAGCUGCGAUCAGCCAUUACCCGGGACUUUUCUCGCCAAACGACGACCGAAUGUCUUUUUUUGCUCGCGUCAAAAACAUGAUCACAAUGACGUUCACUAACUAUCUGUUUGGCUCGCGGUACAACAGGGAGUUGGAGAUGAUCCGGCCCUACUACAAUGGGACCAAAAGUUGGAGUGAGCACCUGAGCGGAGUCGCCUUCAACUUCAUAAACUCCAAUCAAUAUCUCGACUACGCGAGUCCAACUCUGCCGAAGACAGUGUUUGUGGGUGGAAUGCAAGUGAAAACGAAGAAGCAUGGAGUUCAGCUGGAGGAGGAGUGGGAUCAUCUUUUGAGUGUUCGAAAGAGCAAUGUGCUCAUCUCAUUCGGCUCUAACGCUUAUUCUUCUGAUAUGCCACGUGAAUACAAGUAAGUCAUUGAAAGAUUUUCAGGAACACCUUGAAGAGAAUUAUUGCAGAACAGCGUUUCUAGAGGUGUUUGCAUCAAUGCCGAACACCACUUUUAUCUGGAAGUACGAAGAAGCGAAAUCCACAAUAGCCGAGCAUCUGCCCAAUGUGAAACUGACCACGUGGAUGCCUCAAAAUGAAUUGCUCGGUGAGUCACAAAAAGAUUAACUUGAUGUAUGAUGCGUUCUUCAUCAGCUGAUGGCCGUCUAACACUAUUUCUCACUCAUGGAGGGCUCGGCAGCACAAUGGAACUUGCUUAUCAAGGCAAACCGGCAGUGAUAGUGAGCACACAAAAAACGAUCGAUGAAAAAGAAGAGUCGGUUUAGAUUCCACUGAUGGCAGAUCAGCCCAGAAAUGCUCACAUGCUCACAAGGCACGGCGGAGCUGUUCAACUUCACAAAACACAAUUGCGCGACUCGGCAAAGAUCAGAGAAGCUAUAGAGACUGUGCUCGGAGACAGUCAAUAUGCGGAAAGUGCAAGGAGGCUUGCCAGAAUUCUGGAAGAACAGCCCUUUUCCCCGAGAGAUGUCGUUCUGAAGUACUGCAAAUUUGCCGUCGAUCACGGAGCUCUGGAGACGUUGAGCUCAGAGGGAAGACAUUUGAACACAUUCCAAUUCUACUCUUUCGAUGUCGCACUUGUCGCUGUUGUUUUAAUCAUGACGAUAGUUAUAGUUGUUGUUGUAGUUCUCCGAAAAGUAUUCAAACUGAUGUGCAAUCUAAUCAUGCAAAAACGGAAACUGGUCUAAAUCAUAAAUUUCCUGCGCUUCAGAAAACUCUUCAUAAACCAUAAACCCGAUUCCAAAAACCAAGCUCUUAUCGUACAAGUCAUGCUUCGCAAGUACCCCGUAUAAAGGUGAUAAUCAGUCGGUUCUCACUGUCACUGUCACUGUCUCCAUUGCAAAAUGAAGUUAACCAUUCAGAUUCUAUUGAUUCUCGCCGCGGAACUGUGUAGCAGCUACAAAGUUCUCGUAUUCAAUCCGGCUUUCGGUGCUAGUCAUUCCAACUUUCUCGGAAAGAUUUCCGAUAUUCUGAUCGAUGCCGGACAUGACGUCACGAUGUUCAUUCCGAUCUUUGUGGACGGAAAGAAGGAGCUGGUUGGAUCGAAAAAAGUGAAGAAGAUCAUCAGAUUGGAGCAAGAUCCGCGAGUUUAUCAAAUUCACAAAGAGGGGGCCACCGAAGACAUAAUGAGGAAAAAGAUUUGGAAAAUGGACUCUGACAUCACUUCUAUGCUUUCGGUUAGUUGAAUAUUCGGAUAGCACCUGAACAGUACUCAUUUUCAGUUUGUCGGAAACUUUAGCAAAUCCGCUGCUUAUCAAACAGAGUGUGAGCUCUCUUUUUGCUGUUUCAUUGUUUAAAAAGAACUUUUCCAGACUUGCUCCAACAAGACGAACUCAUUUCAAAAUUGAAAGCGGAAAAGUUUGACCUCGGAAUCACAGAGUCGCUUUUCAUUGGCGCUUUUGGUUAGUUCUGACGCACUCAGUAGAAAUGAAAUUCAGUCCGUUUUCAGUUUUCUUUGACGAAAUCGGAAUUCCAUCGGUUAUCAAUGCCGAGUCGACGCUGUACAUGAACGGAGUAAAAGACGCUCUGGGAGAACCAGCCGCCCUUGCCUACUAUCCAGGGCUGUUCUCACCCAUCGACGAUAAAAUGAACUUCUUUGGAAGAGUCAAGAAUUGGAUCGGGUACCUUUUCGGAAACUUUCUCACAUUGCUCAAAUCCAAUAUGGAAAUGGAGGCUCUUCCGGAAAGUUACAAAGGAUCCAGAGAUUGGAGAGAGCACAUUUCCAAGAUUGCAUUCAACUUCGUGAACUCAAAUCAGUACAUCGACUACGCGAGCCCGUCCCUUCCGAAGACCGUCUUUGUGGGCGGAAUGCAGGUGAACACGAAGAAAAACGGGAAUACGAAGCUCUCGAAGGAAUGGGAUGAUGUUCUCGGCCUGAGAAAGACCAAUGUCCUUGUUUCGUUUGGAUCGAAUGCCUACUCUUCUGAUAUGCCUGACGAAUUCAAAAACGCAUUUCUGGAAGUUUUUGCAUCAAUGCCCGACACUACUUUCAUCUGGAAAUAUGAAAUUGCCAAUGCCACUCUGGCUGAUCAUCUUCCAAACGUUAAACUGACUACAUGGAUGCCUCAAAACGAUAUUCUAGGUAGAUUUGUUGUAGUUUCAUUGCAGUUUGACAUACUUUCAGCCGAUGACCGUCUGUCACUCUUCGUCACUCACGGAGGACUUGGCAGUUCUGUAGAGCUUGCUUAUCAAGGAAAACCGGCGGUUGUGGUGAGUUCGAAAAACUCUUCGUCAAUCAAUUUCAGUUCUCUUACAGAUUCCUCUGAUGGCAGAUCAACCACGGAACGCUCACAUGCUCACCAGACACGGAGGGGCUCUCCAACUGGAUAAGACCCUUCUGGACCAACCGGAAGAGAUCAGAAAGGCCGUCAAAACAGUUCUAAACGAUGGGAACUAUAAGAAAAACGCUGAGAGACUCGCAAAGAUUCUGGACGAGCAGCCGUACAAACCAAAGGAUGUCGUGUUGAAACACUGCGACUUUGCCGUCAAAUUCGGGCCGCUGGAGACUUUGAAUUCGGAAGGACGUCAUCUGAACAUUUUCCAGUACUAUUCUCUCGAUAUUGCUUUUGCCGGACUAGCCGUCGUUUCUAUCAUUUUACUAGUUAUUUUCUUGAUUAUCCGGUUUGUUCUUAGAUUUUUCAAAAGACUGUUCUUCAGCUCAAAAAAGAAGGUCGAAUAGGAAUAGUUUAUUUAGGUCCAUUCUUUUUGAUAAGGGGGAUAAUGGUGCAAUGAAUUAUGUCUUGAUCAGUUUUUUUAUCUCUGGAAUCACGGUUUGUGCUAUUUGUGUCUUCCUUCACAAGUCAGAAGUGAUAAGAGACCCAUAUAUAGCUUCAAACUUCAACUAUCGUUUUCACAGUUCAAAAUGAAGAUUGCUCUCUUUUUGCUGCCGACACUUCUUCUCGAUCUCGUUGCUCCCUAUAAAGUUAUUGUCUUCAACCCCGCCUACGGAACCAGUCACUCAAACUUUCUCGGAAAACUAUCGGAUAUUCUCAUUGAUGCGGGCCAUAAUGUGGUGAGAUAUUAUCAGUUUGUCUGAAUCCAUCUUCCAUUCACAGACAAUGUUCAUUCCAAUAUUCGAAGCGAGAAAGGCACAUUUGGUUGGAUCGAAAAAGAUCAAAAACAUCAUCAGACUGCCACAGGAUCCCAGAAUCGCUGAACUUCACCAGAAAAGUGCCAGCGAAGAGAUUUUAAGGAAGCAGAUUUGGAGAAUGGAUGCCGAUAUCACUGCGUUGCUUUCGGUACAGUCAUUUUUAGUUGUUCAUGCUCUUCUUAUUGUAAUUGUGGAUUUUCAGUUUAUGAAAGCGUUCAGUGAAGCCAGCCGCUUCCAAUGUGAAAACAUUUUUCAACAAACGGAACUUUUGAAGCAACUAAAAGAAGAAGCGUUUGAUUUGGCCUUCAGUGAAUCAUUCUUCGCAUGUGCAUUUGGUAUGUAUCACGGAAAGAAAGAUAAACUCGCCUAUUUUCAGCGCUAUUCGACGAAAUCGGCGUUCGUUCGGUGAUCAACGCAGACUCUUUUUUGUUCACUGAAGAGAUGAAGAAUGCGCUCGGGGAGCCGGGCGCGGCCUCCUACUUCCCCGACACUUUCUCUCCGACCACCGACAAAAUGAGCUUUUUCCAAAGAGCGCAAAACCUCUUCACCAAACAGUUCAUUGCAUAUUUCGUUAAUAAAAAGAGCAAAAUGGAGUUGGAAAGUAUCGGACGCCUCUACAAAAACGGGAAAACUCUCAAGGAGCUUCUUUCGGGAGUUGCCUUCAAUUUUGUCAACUCAAAUCGCUUCAUUGACUUUGCGAGGCCGACCUUUCCGAAAACAGUGUUUAUUGGAGGAAUUCAAGUGGAUACGGAUAAAUCGAAAAAGUCGCUGCCUAAGGAAUGGGAUGAUGUUCUCGGCCUGAGAAAGAUCAAUGUCCUCAUUUCGUUUGGAUCGAUGUCCUACUCCUCUGACAUGCCUGACGAAUUCAAACAGGCAUUUCUGGAGGUGUUUGAAUCAAUGCCCGACACUACUUUCAUUUGGAAAUACGAAGAAGUGAAUGCAACUAUUGCUGAUCAUCUUCCCAACGUGAAAUUGACCACGUGGAUGCCGCAAGUAGAUAUUCUAGGUUUUAAUCUUCAUCUAGAAGUCAAUCAAUCAAUCAAUGAACGAUUUCCAGCUGACGACCGUCUGACUCUCUUCAUCACUCAUGGAGGUCUUGGAAGUUCUGUGGAGCUCGCUUAUCAGGGCAAGCCGGCAAUAGUGGUAUGUUUCGGUCAACACUCUCUCAAAUUUUGCUCUCUUUCAGAUUCCGCUGAUGGCUGAUCAACCGAGAAAUGCACAAAUGCUCACAAGACAUCAAGGAUCAAUUCUUCUAGACAAGACAUUGCUAAGCAGUCCGAAAGCAAUCAAAGAAGCCAUCGAAACCGUUCUGAACGAUCCGAGCUACAGGGAAAAUGCAGAAAAGCUUCGGAAGAUACUAAACGAACAGCCAUAUUCUCCUAAGGAAGUCGUCCUCAAACAUUGUGACUUUGCCGUCAAGUUCGGGACAUUGGAAACAUUGAAUUCGGAAGGACGCCACCUCAACACUUUUGUGUACUAUUCAUUUGACAUUUUUGCUGCUCUAGUAGGCGUUGCUUUGAUUUUCUUGUUUGUUGGCUUUCAGAUUGUUAAGUUGAUCACAAGGAUCGUUUGCAAACGGUUCAUUAGUUCAAAAAGCAAACUGGAAUAAACGUUUCUGUAAGAGCUCCAUGUGUGUUUCUUAUCAAACUUCCGACUGUCCAAAGUAUAGGUUUCUUAGAUCGUAGUCGGUGUGGCCAAGAUGAUACAACGGAAAAGUGCAAAGUGGUGUGACUUUCAUUUGUCACAAGUGAGAAAAGACAAAGUCAGCAGUGUACAAGUCCUCUUUUUUGUUUGUCUCUCGAGCACUUCGCUCCUUAUCGGUUCCAGUUCUGGUUCUCCCAGUUCUAUAAAAGUUCUCAACAACCUUUUUUAGUUUUCGAUGAAGUCGUUAUUUCUGCUGGCAGUACUUUUCGUCAACCUCACUGACACCUAUAAAGUACUCGUUUACAAUCCGGCUUUCGGUGCGAGUCACUCCAAUUUCCUCGGCAAAAUAUCGGACAUUCUUAUUGAUGCCGGCCAUGACGUGGUCAGUUCGUUGCGUACUCUUGCACUUUUUGUUUCUCCGUUGUUCAGACUAUGUUCAUUCCGAUUUGUAUGAAAUCGAAACGAGAUUUGGUGGGCUCGAAAAAAGUGAAAAAGAUUGUGAGAGUCGAACCGGAUCCACGUGUGCUUGAGAUGCAGAGAGAAUUGAAAACGGAAGAGUUGAUUAAGAAACAAAUUUGGAAACUAGAUGCUGAUAUCAUGAUUUUCUUUUCCGUACGUUUUGUUUCACAACUGUUUGUGGAAAAAGAGUUUUCAGAUGAUCAAAAACUUCAGCAUUUCUUCUGGUUAUCAGUGUGAAAGUGAGAUGGAACACCUUUCCUGCUCAACCUCAAGAUUUUAGGUAUCUUCCAACAGACUGCUAUUCUGGAGAAGUUCAGAAAUGAAAAGUUUGAUCUUGGAAUUACAGAAUCUCUAUUCCUCUGCGGAUUUCGUAAGCUAAGUUCUCGCACUUAUGAUUUCAAAAGACGUUCAGCGUUGUUCGACCACAUCGGAGUGAAGACUGUCAUCAACGCGGACUCGGUUCUGUAUAUGGACCUCGUGAAAUCAGCCAUCGGAGAGCCGGCCUCCACCAGUUUCUACCCGGGACUCUAUUCACAUUUCACCGACAAAAUGACAUUUUCCGAACGCAUCCGUAACCUCUUCGGAAUGUUCUUCUCCUGGUACUUCUCGUGGACUCGAUACGUCGGAGAAAUGGAAGCCAUAAAGCCGUACUAUAACAGUUCGAUGACGUGGCAAGACCAUAUAAACCGAGCGGCAUUCAAUUUCAUAAAUUCGAAUCAGUUCAUCGAUUACGCGAGUCCGAUACUUCCAAAGACAGUUUUUGUGGGCGGAAUGCAGGUUAAUACGAAGAAGAAUGGGAAGGUGGAAUUGGAAAAGGAUUGGGACGAGCUGCUGAGCAUUCGGAAGCAGAAUGUGCUCAUUUCAUUCGGAUCAAACGCAUUUUCCUCUGAUAUGCCUGAUGAAUUCAAGUAGGUUGUGUUCCGUGCUAAUUCCUACAAACUCUGUUUGUUUCAGGGCCGCGUUUUUGAAAGUUUUCGAAAAAAUGUCCGACGUCACCUUCAUCUGGAAGUAUGAAGAAGCAAAUGCCACUCUGGCUGAUCAUCUUUCCAAUGUGAAAUUGACUACGUGGAUGCCACAGAAUGACUUGCUCGGUUGGUAGCAUCAAAUAUGUAAAAGUAUAAUAUCUUCAAACUCUUUGCAGCUGAUGACCGUCUGACACUCUUCGUCACUCACGGAGGACUUGGCAGUUCAAUGGAACUCGCUUAUCAAGGAAAACCGGCGGUCGUGGUCAGUAAUAGUGUACAUAACCUGAUCGGAACUAAUCGCAGAUUCCUCUGAUGGCCGAUCAACCGAGGAAUGCGCUGAUGCUCGCCAAACACGGUGGUGCUCUUCAGCUGUCAAAGACAAACCUAGACAAACCGGAAGAGAUUGAGAAAGCAAUUCGGACAGUAAUCGAGAAUGAGAACUACAGAUUGAACGCGGAGAAACUGGCGGAAAUCUUGGCAAAUCAACCGUAUCAACCAAAAGAAGUUGUGCUGAAACACUGCAAUUUCGCGGUGAAGUUUGGAGAUUUGAAGACUUUGAACUCGGAAGGACGCAAUCUCAACACUUUCCAAUUCUAUUCCAUUGACAUUGCUCUCAGCGCUCUAGCUAUAAUACUUGUUGUUGUGACUGUGAUUUUACUGGUUGCCAAAUUUAUUUUAAGGAGGACAUACGGAUGGUUUUCCGGCGGUAAGAGUAAGAUUGAGUGAUGAAGAAAUAAAGUGAUUUGAUAUGAGCGAGAAGUGUGGAAAUGCACCGAGAAUCCGGAGCCAAAGAUCGGUUCGGAUAUUAUGGUGUUCCUUCGAAUGAUUGGCAAUUCCAGUACGGCCUGA